AUGGUGCCACUGCUGCUGCUGCCCCUGCUGUGGGGGGGGUCCCUUCAGCAGCAGCCAGACUAUGAGCUCCGAGUGCAGGAUUCGGUGACAGUGCAGGAGGGUCUGUGUGUCCACGUGCCCUGCUCCUUCUCCUUCCCGAGCAGUUUGCGGACUUCCUCUGCCCAAGUCUUCACCUACUGGUACCGAGUAGGGGACAGAACAAACCAUGAUGCUCCUGUGGCCUCGACCAACCCAAAUAAACCAGUGAAGCUGGGGACCAAAGGCCGCUUCCUCCUCGCAGCCUCCAUGACCAACAACUGUUCCCUGCAAAUCAGAGACGCCAGGAGGAGUGACACAAGACGCUAUGUCUUCCGAGUGGAGAUAGGAUAUCCUGAAUAUAAUUUCCAAGGAUAUCUCCUAAGAUAUAACUUCCAAGGAUAUACUUACCAAGAUAGGAAGCUGGAUUUGCAGGUGACAGCCCUGACAGAGAAACCCCACAUCCAUUUUCUGGAGCCUCUGGAGUCCGGCCGCCCCACACAGCUCACCUGCAGCCUGCCAGGGGCCUGCAAAGGGGGACAAUCUCUCACCUUCUCCUGGGAGGGAGCCGCUGUGGACUCAUUGGACCCUCAGAACCUCCAUUCCUCAGUGUUCAUCCCAAGUCCCCAGGACCAUGGCACCAACCUUACAUGUCAGGUCCAAGUCCAAGGAUCUUCGGUGGCCACAGAAACAACCAUCUGGCUCAAUGUCUCCUAUGCUCCUCAGAAGCUCACCAUAGGCUUCUCCUUUGGAAACGACACAGCCUUUAAGAAUCUGCAAAACACAUCCCUUUCCAUCCUGGAGGGAGAGGCCUUGAGGCUGCGCUGUAUGGCUGACAGCAACCCCCCUGCCAAUCUGAGCUGGUUCCAGGGAUCCCCAGGCCUGAACUCCACCCCCAUUUCCACCACCGGGAUCCUGGAGCUGCCUCACGUGGGGCCUGCACAAGAAGGAGAGUUCACCUGCCAAGCCCAGCACCCGCUGGGCUCCCAAAACAUCUCUCUCAACCUCUCCGUGGCCUGGAAGGCGGUGUCCCAGGCAGGAGUUGUUCCUGCGGCUCUUGGUGGUGCUGGUGCCAUGGCCCUGCUGUCCCUGUGCUUGUGUCUCAUCUUCUUUUGCAUAGUGAAAGCCCGCAGGGGACAAGCCGCUGGGAGACCAAAGGUCACGAAUGCUGAAGACCCGGUCAUGGGCACAGUCACCUGGGGUUCUAAGAAAACUCUGCAGCCAGAUGGGCCCCCAGACCAAGCGUCACCUGCAGAGAAGGGCUCUCUGUCAGGGGAGCAACAGGAGCUCCACUACGCCAACCUCACCUUUGAAGGCAUGAAGCCACGGGAGCCCCGGGACCAGGAGGCCACCAGCACCCACGAGUACUCAGAGAUCAAGCACACAGGCAAAUGA